AUGCAGAUGAUGUCAAAUGUCAAGCGCAGGAGCACGUCUUGUAGAUCGAAAGGUUCUUGUGACCUCGCGAAACUCUCCAUCACUUUUAGCAGCUUCUUCUUUACCAAAUGCUGCGUUGUCUCAAAGGAAUGCUCCAUGAACUUGGUUGAAUGCAUUUCGGUAACGAUGAUCCGUCGUUGCUCCUUCCAAGAUGCAUCGUCAGCAUUGAAGAUACCAUCCUCGAGCAGAUCGCUGAACCGGUCUUUGAAGAAUGUACCUUUGGGGAAGUUCUUGAAGUUAGUCUUGAGCAUGUACUCCACAUUCGCGGGAACACAAGUCACGGCUCCGUAA